AUGGCGGGCCCGGCGGAUGUGACGUCGGAAGCCCCAGAAUUCCAAGCUGAGACGGCAGCCAAUCAGACACGUCUAGCUGGGCUGGAAAUUCCUCUUCCUAGUUCCGCACGUUGUGUGCACGCUGCGGCAGCUGCGGUGGUUUCCAGUGCCCGACUCUUAGAAACUAUUGGUGUUGGAAGUUUGAAAGUGGAGAUCUUAAUUUUCAGUGGCUUGUACACAGGAGGAGGGGAAAGUCCACACCUGGAUGAAGUUGAAACAGCAGGAGAGAAAAGACAAGUAGGAGAUAACAUAGAUUUUAAACUGCCUGUUGACCUGCCUGUCAUCUUGUCAACCUCAGCCAUGUUUAUCUGGUUGGACACGAUGAUGCAGUUGCCAGCAAAGUGUUUGCAGCAGGUACAGGCCCAGGAACUUGCCUGUGUCAUUCUGCAGGUUGAGGCCACACCUGGAGCCACCACCAUGAGCACACGUGUCUGGUGUUCCAGUGAACUUUCUGGUUUGGCCCACAUAACAAGGCAUGAAGGCUGUCCAUACAUGAGCUGUUGUGAUUUCUGUGGCGUUUACAUCAAGUCAUCCAACUUCAGCUUUCAGGGUUUUGGGAAAACGACAGUUUUUGUUCUUAUUGAUCCCAUGUCAGAAGGGUGGGAGAAAAUUGAAAAUCUCCAUAUCUAUUGGAGAAAACUAGAAGAUUUGAAGAUCCAGUCCACUUUGCAGGAUCCGAGAGACGGCGGAUUAGGACACAGGCCGGCCGCCGGCUCGCGCUCAGCCUGGCCGCUGGCCUUGCUGCCUUCCACUGCCCGGGACCGUUUUCUGUUCUUUGUGCGAACCGGAGAGCCAGGAACGCAACAGCCGCCGGAGCCGGCCGCCCUGCUCGCGGCCCGCAGACGCACCUGGCGCGGCGCCGCCUCGGUCCAACAGUCUCGGCCCCCGGCGAGCCAGGCCGGGUCGCAGCCGCGCGCCAGAGGGGGACGUGGUGGGGACAAUGGUCUCCUCCAAGGUUCGGAGGGACUCCUCCAAAGUGGUUUCGGGGCAUGCGCCACAGCGGGCGUUAAGAGACGCAAAACCGACGCCUUGCAGCCUGGAGCCUGGAGGCACUGGGCUGUCGGGCUGAAGACUAGGGCGGACGGCGGGAGCGCCCGCAGCGCAGGUGUGGGCGUCUCAGGUGUGGCCGCGGGCGGAAAACUUGGAAACAAAAUGGAAGAAAACAAACAGUGCAACAGUAUGGAUAAUUGUGAAGUUCCCAGCAAGAAAGUGAUUGCGUUCAAACCACCAGUGUAUGAACAGAGAUACUACUUUGUUAAAAACUUAGUGAAUCGACAUGGACUCAGGAAGAUUGCAGACUUGGGCUUCGGUGAUGCCACACUUUUAUGGAUGCUGAAAUAUCACCGCUGUGUUCAGUAUCUUGUAGGAGUAGAUAUUGCUGCCAGACCCUUUGAAUGGGGAGGGGGUAGGUUGUCUCCAGGAGUGGGGGGUUACAUCGUUCCUCGGGAACUAGAUUUGACCAUAACCUUGUACCGUGGUUCUGCUGUACAAAAAGACUCCCGUUUGUGUGGAUUUGACUUGAUAACAUGUAUUGAAUUGAUAGAACACUUAGAUUCUGAAGAUCUGGCCAAGUUUCCUGAAGUCGUAUUUGGGUACUUUUCUCCGGGUAUGGUUGUCAUCAGCACACCAAACUCUGAAUUCAAUCCCCUGUUUCCAGCAUCAACCUUUAGAGAUCCAGAUCACAGAUUUGAGUGGAACAGAACGCAAUUUCAGACGUGGGCUUUGGAUGUGGCAAAACUGUACAAUUACUCCGUAGAGUUCACUGGUGUGGGAGAUCCACCAGCAGGAGCUGAGCGUGUUGGAUACUGUACCCAGAUAGGGGUCUUCCAGAAAAACAUAGCAAAGGCGACUGAAUCGAGCAUUUCAGAGCCAGAGGAACACGUUCCAGAGGAACACGUUUAUGAAGUUGUUUAUACCACCUCAUACCCGAGUUUACAGCAAAGCAAAUACUUCCGGCUUACUCUGAGUAGUGAGUCGGUCAAAGCAAUCGGCUUAAUGAAAAGCAGGUUUCUCCGGGGUCUGAGGAAAAGGGAGGGCGAUCGAGUGGUACCACUUGGCAGUUGUACCCCACAGUUCGGAUUAACAGAAGCUCAAAGGGCCGAAAUAGAGCAGUCCCCCAAACCUUACAGUGUGGGAGAGAAGUUCUACGUACCCCUGGAAAGACUCAUUAUUUAUCCGAAGGUGAACCGCUUGGUGGCGGGUAGUAUGGAGAAGCUGAGAACAAUACUUGCUGAGGGACUUCGACUGAACGGAGAUCAAAGUGCGGUGCAGGUGGAGUUGGUUGAUUACCAAACACAACGCCUCUUUGAUGAGCAUUUAAUCAGCCCUGUGCUGGAGUCAUAA